AUGGCCGCCAAUGGAAAGUUAGCUCUUCUUAGCGUGUCUGAUAAGACUGGUUUAGUGCCUCUUGCCAGAUGUUUGUCAGAGAUUGGCCUAGGCCUUGUUGGCAGCGGAGGAACGGCUACAGCACUCCGUAAUGCCGGUCUCAAAGUACUUGACGUAUCAGAUAUUACUGGAGCACCUGAGAUGCUUGGAGGACGAGUAAAAUCUUUACAUCCAGCUGUACAUGCUGGUAUAUUAGCUAGAAUCACAGACUCUGACCAGGCUGACAUGAAGCGGCAGAAGUUUGAUAUGAUCAGCGUUGUCGUAUGCAACCUGUACCCUUUCGUGGAAACAGUAUCAAAACCUGAGGUGACCAUCGCCGAUGCUGUAGAGAACAUCGAUAUUGGAGGUGUGACAUUGUUGCGAGCAGCCGCUAAGAAUCACGAAAGAGUUACCGUCGUGUGUGAUCCUAGCGAUUAUGAUAAGGUCAUUGAAGAGCUCAAACAAACUCGUGACCAUCAAACGUCUUUGGAGACAAGGCAAAAAUUAGCGUUAAAAGCUUUCACACAUACUUCCGAAUACGAUGUAGCCAUUUCGGACUAUUUCCGUAAGCAGUAUUCCGCCGGUCAAUCUCAACUGACUCUGAGAUAUGGUAUGAAUCCCCAUCAGAAGCCAGCUCAGGUUUUCACGACUCGGGACGCUUUGCCCCUGACGACCUUAAAUGGAUCACCCGGCUUCAUCAAUCUUUGCGAUGCCCUUAAUGCAUGGCAACUAGUCAAAGAACUAAAGGAAGCGUUAGGUCUUCCUGCUGCCACUAGUUUCAAACAUGUGUCGCCAGCGGGAGCUGCUGUCGGAUUGCCUUUAACAGAAGAAGAGGCUAAAGUAUGCAUGGUGGUUGAUCUGCUUCCUAAGCUUACACCAGUGGCCAGUGCGUACGCAAGGGCCAGAGGUGCUGACCGUAUGAGUUCCUUUGGAGAUUUCAUUGCUUUAUCUGAUGUUUGCGAUGAAAUCACCGCUAAGAUCAUAUCUAGAGAGGUAUCCGAUGGAAUCGUUGCCCCUGGCUACACGAAGGAAGCUCUGGAGAUACUGAAAAAGAAGAAAGGUGGCAAUUACUGCGUGCUACAAAUGGAUCCCAACUAUGAACCAGACCUUUUAGAAAAGAAAACCAUCUUUGGUCUCACCUUGGAACAGAGACGGAAUGAUGCAAAGAUAACUCGAGAAUUAUUCAAAAAUAUUGUCACUCAGAAGAAGGACAUGCCAGAGAAUGCUAUCAGGGACCUGAUAGUAGCCACUAUUGCGUUGAAAUACACACAAAGCAACUCAGUCUGCUAUGCUAGAGAUGGACAGGUGAUAGGUAUAGGAGCGGGGCAACAGUCUCGCAUCCAUUGCACUCGUUUAGCGGGCGGUAAAGCGGCUCUAUGGUGGGCGCGUAGACAUCCGCGCGUUACCAACAUGAAGUUCCGUACCGGAGUGACGCGCGCAAUCAUAUCUAACGCCAUAGACAACUACGUCAGCGGCACUGUAGGUUCGGAUUUGCCACUAGAUCAAUGGAACACACUUUUCGAAGGCGAACCUCCGGCACUGUUAACUGAACAAGAACGCGAAGAAUGGCUCCGUACGAUGGACAAAGUGGCACUCGCCUCAGAUGCCUUCUUCCCAUUCAGAGACAAUAUCGACCGAGCCGUCCAGUGUGGCGUGCAAUACAUUGGCAGUCCCGCUGGAUCUAACAACGAUAAAGAAGUGAUAGAUGCGUGUAACGAACACAAAAUCACUCUAGCGCACACCAGUCUUAGACUUUUCCACCAUUAA